GACGUCAUACGCCAUGUGCGUUGCCAACGUUCAAUAUUGAGUUGCCCAUCACUUGGUUGGUAUCGUUUGUUGACUAUUGCGAACAUGAAACACAUUAAAAAUUAGAAUGUUACCCAAAACAUCGCAAUAACCAUUCAUUGUGGUUGGAGCUACCUUGUGACAGUCGUUUCCUCCUCCACCUUUAUGCACGUAGGAGGGUUGGGUCUGUGAAGUGAGGCUGGACUAUCGUAUUAAUUAAAACUUCCAAGCAUUGUUUAGAGGUAAGAAUUGUCGGGAAUGGCUAGCCAAGGUGAUAAAGUGGAUAUCAUAGUAUUUGGUGCAACAGGCUUCACAGGGAAGGUUGCUGUGUAUAAGAUACUGAAUCUAGCCAAGGAGAAAGGUAUCACGUGGGGUAUUUCUGGAAGGAAUAAAGAUAAGUUGAAUGAUGUGCUGAAGGAGGUUGCAGAGAAAACAGGUGAAGACCUUGCUGCAGUCAAAGUUGUGGAGGCAGAUGUGAAAGAUGCAUCAUCCCUUCAGCAGAUGGCAUCACAAGCUCGUGUUUUGGUUAAUUGUGUUGGACCAUACAGAUUCUAUGGAGAGGCUGUCGUCAGUGCUUGUAUAGCUAGUGGAACUCACCAUGUGGAUGUGAGUGGUGAACCUCAGUACAUGGAGAAGAUACAGUUGGAAUAUCACAAGGCAGCUGAGGAGAAGGGAGUGUAUAUUGUAAGUGCCUGUGGGUUUGACAGUAUUCCAGCUGAUCUUGGGACAGUAUUUUUGAUGAACAAAUUUCAAGGAGAUUUGAACUCUGUGGAGACUUACCUUGAGUCUGGAACUACUGAACCAGUGCAGGGUGCAUUUGUACACUAUGGGACCUGGGAGUCGAUGGUAUAUGGUUUAGCCCAUUACAAUGAACUGCGACCUCUCCGUCAGAAGCUGUUCCCGGAUCGCUUGCCUCAGUUUACUCCGAAGUUGAAAAGAAGAUUGUUGUUCAAGAACAAGGAAUUUGAUGGUUGGUGUGUGCCAUUCCCUGGCUCUGACCGAUCUGUGAUGUUACGGUCACAGAGAUACUUCUUUGAACAUGAAAAGUUGCGACCUGUUCAAGUCCAGACCUACUUACUCAUCAAAUCAGUAUUUAGUGUGUUUGCUCUUGGCAUUCUUGGACUCAUCUUUGUUGUGCUUUCCAAGUUCCAGUGUGGAAGAAACUUGUUGCUUAAGUAUCCACAACUGUUCAGUGGUGGAGCAAUAUCUCAUGAGGGUCCCUCUGUAGAGAACAUGAAGAAGUCAUAUAUCAAUCUGAUGCUGUUUGGUGAAGGUUGGGCAGAGAAAUUAGCAGAACCAACAGACCAACAUGAUUUACCUCCUAACAAGCAUGUUACUGUCAAGAUAUCUGGGGAGGAUCCAUUUUAUGGAUUGACCUCUCUAAUUCUGCUUCUAAGUGCAGUCACCAUCUUGAGGGAAAGUGACAAGAUGCCUGGCAGGGGUGGAGUGUAUCCUCCAGGGGCAGCAUUUGCGAAGACAACCCUGAUUGAGGAGUUGGAUAAGCAUGGUUUGAAAUUUGAAAUUUUGCCCUCAGAAGGUGAUUAGAGCUUUGGUGGUUGGUAAUUCUGUUGUUGUUGUUGUUCCCCAGUAUUCUUACAAAUAUUUAAUCAAAGCUUAAGCAAGCUGCAUUUAUUAUGGGUUAAGUGUUAUAUGGAGAAGUUACUGGUACAUGAAUAAAUAAACACUUAAAUAAUUAUGAAUUUCAAGGUAUUUAAAAUGCAUAAUAAUUCACUUUAGAAUCAGUUUAUUGUCUCACUCGCUAAAAGUUUCAGAACAUGGAGAGUAAUUUUGAUAUCCUGUAAGACUGAAAUGCAUUGAAUGCCUGUGCUAGAGUUGAUAUUCUCAGGUGUGGCCAAAGCAGUUCUGAUGUAUGGCCACUGGCUAUUUUCAUAAGUAGUGUAUGAAAGUCGGGUGUUAUAUAAAGUUUUAUGUAAUCUUGGGCUUUUCUUCAUGGUUACCUUCAAUAUGUAUCCUUUUUUGUAUCAUUUGUAUGAACAUACUUAAUGUAGCCAGUAGCCAUUGAAAAUAGUUUUGUUCUUUUAUGUGCCAUUGUAAUUUCUUUUUUGUUGUUAAAUGCAACCAAAGUAAUUCUUCACAACCACUGAAUUAGACCAUUGCACAGAUCCUCGUUGAUACUGUGCUGUGAACAGUUUUGAAAUACAUUGUAGCUUUAUAAUUAGCUGCUAAUGCUAAAGCCUUUUAUGCCAACUCCUAAACUAUUUUGAAACAAGCAUAAUAACUUGAAUAUAGUGUGCGACUAAAUUUCCAUUAUUAAGUGAUUAUAUACACACACAUGUAUAAUAAAAAUAAUAUAUUGCUUUCCUUCAUAGUGAUUCAUUGCACUGUUUGUGAUAAUACAGAGACUUAUAAUAGCCAUAUUUUUGUGUAUGAGAAAUAUAUACCAUUGGAAUAUUUAAUAAAGUACUGUAGUUGUAUUAAUGUGGAA